AUGAUAGUACUUGGGUACAUAAACAACCAAACAAAAAGAUUCAAGACGUUCGUGGGCAAUAGGGUUGCCGCCAUUCAUGACGUCACACAACCAGAACAAUGGCGUCACGUGAACACCAAAUCUAAUCCAGCAGACAUUGCCUCCAGAGGUAUCGAUGCUAGUGACAGAGUAAGUAUGAACAUUUGGUUGAACAGACCAGACUUCCUGUCACUUGACCAAAGCCAGUGGCCAGAAUCGUCCAAAAUUUCGCCACUUCCGGAAGACGACGCGGAGAUUAAGAAAGAUACAACGGUGCUGGUCACAACUACAAAGACUGUUGAUUUGCUCCUGUGCCAGUACUCAUCCUGGAAUAAACUUACCCGCGGUGUAGCAUGGCUGCUUAAAUUUAAAGAAUUUUGUGUACGAAAGUAUAUAAAUAAAAAUCCCACAAUAGACGCCCAGAAACUCACGCUGGAGGAUAUACAGAAUGCUGAAAGGUAA